CUGAUAUUCGAGCCUCGUGGCCUUAGACUAGAUCCCCAAACCUCUAGACUCGAGCCUCAACCAACCCCCUGGAUUCAAACCCUGGAACCCAACACUAGAACAUCGAGCCCAAAAAUUCUAGCAUCGAGUCCCCGGAUUAGAUUCACGAGCCUCGAUAAUCGAGACUCAAAGCCACGUGUCCCGAGAUUCGAGCCUCGAGCCCUGAGACUCAAACCCCGGGCCCCAACAUUUCAGUCCCGAGCCCUGGAAUUCCACAACCGACUCCGGAGAUUAAAUCCCCGAGGCCCGAGGUUAGCCCCGACCUCCGAGCCCCGCGCCCCGUGUCCUGAGCCACGUGACCGCCUCCCGAGCACGAAGCCCCUCUCCUCUUCCGCCGCUAAGUACAAAGUAACUACAAACACGAGGCUAACGACUUACUUAAGCGAUACAUUACUUAGGCGUCGAUCCAAUCUAAAAGAGAAUCGAAUCUAA